AUUUUUCAUUGUAUGGGCGAGUUUAUUUGUGUCUGAAACAGCUACAGCUGUCAUUUAGACAUUGACAAUAUUGACAUAUGACAGUUCGGUCCAAGCAGAAGUCGCAGAAUUGAAUUGAGAAUUCGCAGAUCGCAGAUGUUCAUUUGUUUAUUAGUCACAGACCACGUUUUAGUGUUUUCUUUCUUAUUACUUCUACGAUGGUGAACGUUAGUGAAUCUGCUGUUGAGAGUAUCGGCAAGGUUCUCAACAAUGCAUCGCGGCCGAUGAAAGAGCGUUUUCGGGCGCUAUUUACACUCAGAAAUAUUGGCGGCGAGUCGGCGAUUGAGCGCAUAAGCGAGUGCUUCGGGGAUGAAUCGGUGCUGUUGAAACACGAGCUAGCUUACUGUUUAGGCCAAAUGCAGGAUAAAAGAGCAAUACCGAUUCUGAGAAGCGUGUUGGAGGAUAAGAAUCAAGACCCCAUAGUGCGCCAUGAGGCUGGUGAAGCUCUAGGUGCAAUUGGUGACCCGAACCUUCGUGAGCUGCUUGAGAAGUACCAACAAGACCCAGCAGUCGAAGUAGCGGAGACAUGCCAAAUAGCUCUACAAAGACUAGAUUGGGUUGCAAAUGAUACCGAGAAAGAAAACCUAUCAAAGAGCUUGUAUGCAUCUGUGGACCCAGCUCCACCCAGCACAGAGAGUGAUAUUUCUAAGUUAAGUCAGACACUGAUGGAUGAGACUAAACCUCUAUUUGAGAGGUAUAGGGCUAUGUUUAGCCUUAGAAAUAUUGGUACUUCUGAAAGCAUAAAGGCUUUAGGCGAAGGUUUCAAAGCCAACAGUGCCCUGUUUCGGCAUGAGGUAGCUUUCGUUUUCGGCCAGAUGCAGGAUGAGCGAAGUGUGCCCUUCCUGGUCAAAACCCUGGAAGACACAAAUGAGCAUGAAAUGGUCCGCCAUGAGGCUGCAGAGGCCAUGGGCUCUAUUGCCACUGAAGAGUGCACUGAGGUUCUGAAAAGGUAUUUAAGUGACCCUCGGCCCGUGGUCCGCGAGAGCUGCGAGGUGGCCCUGGACAUGUCGGAGUACGAGAAUAGCCCCGAGUUCCAAUACGCCAACACGUUGCUUGCCGUCCAGGCGUGAGGACCUUGGCUGUAACGGCGAACCACGUUCGUUGGUUCAUCUAUUUGCCUUUCGCUCUUGCAUAUUCGAGUGAUUUGCGAGCGUUCGUAUUAGCCUUCUUUUCUGGACUAUUUUAAUUUUCGUUGAUGUAUGGGCGCGUCCAUAAAGGUGCGUCCAAAUCUAGCAAAUGCACCGCUAGCCCGCAAUUAAUUAUUUGCGAAAGUUCUGUAAAUGCUCGCAUGUAUAAUAUGCAGAGCGCGGGCAGUGUCAUAUGAAAUGGCGCGCUAGGGAAGCAUUCCCCAGAUCUGGAUGGGCCUUUAGAUUUUACGCAUCUAAGCGAGCCAAGGGGUUCUCGCCAUUUUUUUUGUAAUCUGAUUGAAAAAGGGAUACAAUUUUUGAUACACUAGUUCCAUACUGUAUAAAUAUUUCGUAAAAAAAGUCGCUAAAAGUAGGUCUUUUCUAACAACACAAUUAUGGACACUCUUUUAGUUUUAACUUUUAACCGCCUGCAACGAAUACCCAGUGUAGCUAACUUUCCACAAAUAUACAAAAUCCAGUUGAUGUAGGUUUAUGUAAAAAAGAAAUUGAGGAACUCUUAGCUUUAAAAAAAUCCAUCUGUCUAUUAAAAGCUGCUUAAGCUGCUACUGAUCGAAUGAAAAUCAAUAAUUUUGGGUGAUAUUCAGUCACACCAAUAUUUGCUGAAUGCAUUUUGACUUGGUACAUAAAUAAUUUCAGUCAGUUACAGUUUAUUAACGUAAAUAAAUGUGGCCAAUUAACCUGUCUUGUAAGCAUAUGAGAAUUGGAAUUAAAGGCCGUUGACGGCGUUGGGUCGGUGCAACCACCACACAGUCAAGGAUAGUGACGGAAAACUUGAAAUGGUUCCUUACAAGAUCACAGUCAUCGCUGGCAGUCUUAUACAUUAUUUAAAGUGCAGUAGGUACAGCCAGCAGAGUUUUUAAAAACUCGUAGCAUUUUUUUUAGAUCAAAAUACGGUUGCCAAAAAUUUUAAUAGCAAUCUCGAGGCAUUUCUCUAUAUACUAGUAACUUCAUCGAUUCGAAACCGGUUUUCUUAAAUUUUAACUUCGUUUUAUGGUCUAACAAACGCUAUGUAUUUUCAAAAAGCCUGCUGGCUGAAUCUGCGGUAUUUUAAGUAUUUCUUACAAUGUGACACCGGUGGCCUAGAACUAGUUAAUGUAUUUUUUCUUUAUUGAAAGCAAUAUCAUGUUAAGAUAUUACUAGGUAUUUCUUAUUUUAGAUAUUCAGCCUUAGUUAUAUAGAUAAAGAUGACCUUUUGUAAUACGCGUACAUGACUGAAUAAGUAUUAACCCUUUGAACGCUUUAUGUCAUAAACCCAAACGCUAAACUCCCGGGCGCAAGGGAGCUAAUGUAAACUUUACUCGAAUGUGUAAAGAUAACUUUGACAGCGUACGUCAUAACACCUAUAGUUGUCCUUGGCGCUUUGGGCCCGAAUAGUAACGACAUCUUUGUUCGCCACCGGCGUGGUUCUUGGCGUUCAAAAGGGUUUUGAAUAUUUGUUUUUGGAAACACUCAAUUUUGUAUUGGUCAAAGAAGUAUUUAUAAAUAAAUUAUCAAGUAAUGCUUAAA